UUUUGUGUUAUUAUUGUUCAUCGCAUCACACAGACCAAGUUGAUAAGAAAAUUAUGAUAGUUCAACAGUUACAUUAGUUGUUUUUGUUACUCUUAAAACUGAGGCUCUAAUUACGUCGUAAUAACUUGAAACUUUUUCUUUCGUUGGUAAAGUUUUUGUGGUAACUUGAAACUUUUUUGUAAACUGAACGAUUAUUUCGGUGCCUUUUGGCGACCACUAGGGUGGCUUGUAAUGUUUGAAGCAUUCGACUUCGGUUGUUACUUGUAAUAAAAAUUAAGUCGUCACUGGAUAAUUGCAAUAAAUUUAUAACUAACAAUCAAUUGAACAAUCAAAUCAACUGAUGGUGCAGAUUCGCUGAUGAUAAUGGUCUGAAGUUGUGAGAUUCGAGUACAAAUGGACUUGAUCAUCUUGUAACUUUACUCGUUGGAUUGUAACAUCUAAACCUGAUAAUUUUCUGAUAAAAACUGACUAAAUUGUUUCAAUUUAAUGGUGAAUAAUUUAUCUAAUAAUUAAUUCAGUGAAUUUCAAUAAUUAUUAAAAUCAAGUGUUAUUAGUUAAUGGGGACGAACAAUUGGAAAAUUAAGUUGAGGUAUAAAUGAUUGACUUUGGAUUGUCAUCUGUAUAAUUCAAUUGUUGUUCAUGACUAAGUCAUCAUGUUGAUAAUCAAAUCGGUUGUGGUAAUAGUUUUAAUCACUUUAACUUUCACUGAUUGUAUCAAUGGGGAAUAUUUAAUUGCUGGAUCUCAAUUAAAUGAAGCCUGUUCGAUGAGUGCCCAUUUAUUGUCCAGCGGUUUAAAAGAGGAUCAGGUUGAAAAAAUUGUCGUUCAUAAAUUGUUACAAUUAAAUCGUAAAUCAAAACCCGGUAAAAAGCCAUCACUUGGAUAUGCAUAUUUAGCUGGUGGUGGAAGUGGUCCAGUUGCUCAAACAGGAACGAUGAAUUUCAGUGUAAGUAAUUUUGCCCAAGGAAUAUUAAAUCUGUUGAAUUGUGCUAGAAUGAAUCGAUGCCUUCCUGUAACCAGAGUCUGUCCAUGGAUUAAUUAUCCUGAUCAAGUUGAUUUCGACAAUAUCAAUCAGAUUAAUCGUCUAGUAAAACAAAUUGAAUCAAAAAAACUAUUAGCCCAUAGAUGUGCUCAAGAGUCAAUUUAGUAAAUAUUUCUCAUUAUUAACUAUUCUCAUAUUAUUAAUGUAACAAAAAUAUCAAUU